AUGAUUGGACAGAAAACAAUUAACUCAUUUUUCACUCCGGUCUCGAGGAAACGCGUUUCUAAGGAGGUAAAUGACACCGAGGAUGAUGCUGCAGAGCCGAAGAAGCAGAACUUGCUCGCUGCGGUCGAACCAGAGUCUGCCAGCCCGAACUCCGCCGCCCUGUCCCCGCAGCAGCUGGAUAGGAUCGCCCGCAAUAAGAGAGCGGCGCUGGAGAAACUCGCUUCCGCCCAGACGCCGACGGGGUUCGGGGAGAGCUGGAGGACGGAGCUGUCUCCCGAGUUUGGAAAGUCGUACUUUAAACAGCUGAUGAGUUUUGUGUCUGCGGAGAGGGCGCGACACACCGUGUACCCACCAGAGGAGCAUGUGUUUACCUGGACGCAGAUGUGUGGCAUCAGAGAUAUCAAAGUAGUGAUUCUUGGACAAGAUCCGUAUCAUGGUCCCAACCAAGCUCAUGGGUUGUGCUUCAGCGUUAAAAGGCCGGUUCCUCCUCCUCCCAGUUUGGAGAACAUGUACAAAGAACUGGCCUCGGACAUUAAGGGGUUCCAGCAUCCUGGUCAUGGAGAUCUGACGGGAUGGGCCGAACAGGGUGUGCUGCUGCUCAAUGCUGUACUGACCGUCCGGGCUCACCAGGCCAACUCCCACAAGGACAAAGGCUGGGAGACGUUCACCGACGCCGUGGUGCACUGGCUCAGCAACAACCUGGAGGGCCUGGUCUUCAUGCUGUGGGGAUCCUACGCUCAGAAGAAAGGGGCCGCCAUAAACAGGAAGCGCCACCAUGUCCUGCAGGCUGUGCAUCCUUCACCCCUCUCCGCUCACAGAGGAUUUUUUGGAUGCAAACAUUUCUCAAAGGCCAACGAGCUGCUAAAAAAAUCUGGGAAGUCUACCAUAGACUGGAAGGCACUUUAA